UUCAGAAGUCUCUUUUUGAGCCCAGUCACGCUCAUUCUCUCUCUUUUAUGUUAAAAAAGAGAACAUAAAUAAGAGAACCAAACUAAUAUUUAGUUAAAAAAAAUCAUUAUUAUUUGUUUUAAUUCGAAUAACAAUAUAUUUCCGUGAUCAAAUUUGGGCUGAUUUAAGUUAUUGUUCCAAAGUAAAAGAUGGUAUUUGGCUGAGAAAAUUGAAAUACAUCAAAAAAGAGUAUUUGAGUAACCUCUAAAUCAUACACAUAUAUUUUCAUUUAAACAAAACUAAAAAGAACUUUGUGUGUAUAAUGUCGGUGCAUUACAAAUUCAAAAGUUCUUUGGAUUUCGAUACAAUAAGUUUUGAUGGAUUGCAUAUCUCAGUGGCUGACUUGAAAAAGGAAAUAAUAAAUAAAAAAAAGUUGGGCAAAACACAAGAUUUUGAUUUACAAAUCACAAAUGCCCAAACUAAAGAAGAAUACAGCGAAGACUCAUGUUUAAUUCCAAAAAAUACAUCAUUGAUAAUAGCUCGCGUACCAUUGGCAACAAGAUUAGUAAAAAAGGCAUGGGAUCCAACGGCUGAGAAAGUGGCUGCAUCGACAUCAGCACGUGAACGAAAAAAUGCCGAUGCUCAAGCAGCCAAUAUCGAUUUGACGCUUAUGAAUGGUACAGAGGAAGAGAAAAUUAACGCCAUGAUGAAACAAAGCACAAUGGACUACGACCCACGCAAGUUCAGUUAUCAAAAAGUACGAGGUUCAGCACAAACUGGCGAAGUUCCAAGCACCUAUAGGUGUUAUAAAUGUAAUAAAAUGGGACAUUGGAUAAAAAAUUGCCCACUUAAUGCUCAUCAUGAUGCAAGUCAUACUGAAAUUAAACGCAGCACUGGGAUUCCUCGUUCAUUUAUCGAUGCGGGGAAUUCUCCAGCAACUGAACCAAUCAACCUACCACCUAUCGAGAAAAAACAGGAAAUUCCAGAUGAUUUAAUUUGUAGUAUUUGUAAAGAUUUGUUCACCGAUGCGGUCAUGAUUCCAUGUUGCGGUAGUUCCUUCUGUGAUGAAUGUGUUCGUACUGCUUUGUUGGAAUCGGAAGACAAUGAAUGCCCAGAUUGUCAAGAAAAGGGAUCUUCACCAGGAUCACUCAUUCCAAAUCGAUUUUUGCGAAACUCGGUUAAUUCAUUUAAAAAUGAAACUGGCUAUAAUAAACCAAGACAACCUAAAAAAACUGCACCACCCGUUGAAGAAUGUGUUCAACCACUAAGUGAAGAAGUUGCACCAAAAACUCCUCCUAUUACAAAAGCUGUAAGUGCAGAAGAAACAUCUGUAAUUGCGGAAGAAGAAAAAUCAAACACUCCUGAAACUGUUGAAACAAAAGAACAUGAACAUGAGGAGGCACCUCGGGAUUGUGAUACAUCACGCGCAGGCAGUCCUCAUGAUGAAUCUGACUUUGAAGAUAAUAUAAUUGUAACGGUGCCAAAACCACAAAGUCAAAAUAAUUAUCUUGAUUAUCGUGAUCGCCAAAAUCUCAACGGUAGAUACAAUCGUUCAACAAACCUUAAUGAAGUAGACCAACCCUCUACAAAUCAGCCUCCAUCACAUCAGUAUGUUGAUAAAGAGCACUACGGUGCCGAAAUGAAACACAUGAGUGAAAUAAAUAUGAAUAUGAGGUAUGGAAUGCAACAACAUCACCAGCAACAUCCACCAAUGAUGCAGCAACCAAUGCCUCACAGACAAGGUCCACCAAAUCAAAUGCAACCAAAUAACUUUCAGCCAUCAGCUGCCGGUCCGAAUUCCUGGUGGAAUCAUCCAAAUCGAUUUGGACAUUCAAUGCAUGGAAUGCAUCAAAAGGACAUGAAACCCAUUGAAUCGAAUAUGCAACAACACCAACAAAUGAAUCAUAUGCACCAUCGAUCAUAUGGACCAAUACCUCAUCAACCACCGCAAAUACAAAUUCGCGGUUAUACACCUGUACAGCAUCAUCCGCUCCCACAGAUGCAUCGACCAUUGAUGCAUCAAGAGUCAAAUAUCGUUGCAACAGCCUUUCAAGGAGUUGCGAAUAAAAUUGGAACAGGAAUAAUUGAAGAUCCACUUGCCGCUUUUGAGCAAAUUAUGAAAGAAAAGGAAAGACGAAAAAUACAGAGACGUGCUGCUAUAGAUUCACCACCAAGGCGCCGAUCUCGUUCAGGUGAACGAAGACGUUCACCAAGGCACAAUUCACAGGAUAGUCGUGAUCGCGGUCGAUCAACAGGUAAAGGCGAGCGUUCAUCGUCGAGAAACAGAGACCGACGAAGUGACAAACGUGGGCGAUCACCGGACAGAAGACGCAGCCCAAUUGAAAGGCGGAGACGUAGAUCGGGUUCAUACCACUCACGACAAUCUCGGUCUUAUUCGAGAUCUAGAUCUAAUACACCCCCACGCCGUCACUCACGAUCUCCGCCAAGAAAACACUCAAGAAGUCCACAAGAUCGUAGAUCACGUAGUCGAUCAACAUCUUACUCCACAAACCGGAAUCGAUAUCGAAGAGAUUAUCGAGAUCGAGAAGAAUAUAGAGAGAGGUCACCAAAUUUCUAUCACGGUCGUGGUCGUGGAUCUUAUAGAGGAAGAGGACGGGGAAAUUACUAUCGUCAAGAUCGAAAUUCAAUGCAACAACAACAACAUCACCAACACCAACCUGGGGGGGCGCAACAAAAUCUAAAUGUGCCAUAUUAUGAUCAGUCAAUGAAUUUAAUGAAUACGGGAAUGGCCAGUGGCCAAGGUGGAUAUAAUGACGGAAUAUACCAUGAUACCCAACCAAACAGAUAUGCACCCUUACCAGUGCACUCACCGACAAAUAUACAUGUAGGAGGAGGAUUACAACAAAAUCACGAAUUUGCUUCACAAAUUGGUCACGCAGUCCAAGAAAUUCAUCCGGUAGAGUCAAAUUACAGUAAUGAAGGCAAUCAAUCAUUCUCAAGUAAUCAUUCGUAUGAUGUACUACCACCUGGAGUUGAUCGUGAACCUCCUCCACCAGGAUUUGAAAAUGAGGAACAACAUGCUCAGCAUCACUUACGUCCAAAUCUCAAUAGAGACAGUCAAUCACCAACGAGAUCAAAUGUCGAACGUGAGCGUUGCGAGAGGUCUGAUCGCAAGCAUCACAGUAAAUCACCAUCAUCACGUGAACAAGUUCGCAAUAAAAGUGGAGAUGGUCGAGGUCAAUAUGAAAAAGAAGAUAAGAAAGAGAUAAAUAAAGGCGUAAAUCGUACUAAAGAUUUAGAUAAAAAAGAUCUACAACGUGAAAAAGAAAGACCUGUACGAGAAAAAGAAAAAGAACGAGAGAAGGAUAGAGAGAAAGAUGAUGAUAAACGUGAAAGAAAGUCCAAGGACAAAAAGAAAAAGAAAAAAGAAGAAAAAUCAACAGAAAAGAAGCGCAAAAAGGAUGGCAAAAAGGAUAAGAAGGAAAAGCGAGAAAAAGAUGGCAAAAAAUCUUCUACAAAAAGCCAUUCACACUGUUCUUCGGGCAAUGAAGAAAAACAUAUGAAUUCCAGCGAAAAAGAAAUAAUGCCCAACAAAGCUUCGCCUGACUCGCAACACGAAACUGCAUUUAGUCAUUCUACAACACCGCCUCCUCUGCUCCAACAGAAGAACGUACUCAAAUCGGUAGUACCAGUUGAAGAGGAAGCAAAUAUCGAUUUGUACGGAGAUAUAAAUAUUGAAAUAGAAAACGAAGAAAAUAAUCCCAAUGAUGAUUUUGGCAUCACAAAUAGUCCAGUUAGUAGAUUGAAUCGCUCCGACUCAAUUUUAGAUAUACAUACAACUGUAGAUUUUGAAGAUGCCGAUUUACCAAAAAGUGAAUCAGAAGCACCACAUUCGAAAGAUAUACCACCGGUAGACACGUUCGUCACAUUACCGGAGCCCUCAAAAUGGGAACGUGACGAAGACUUGUUAGCUGAAAAAACAGCUGAUUCAUUACCAGUUGACGAUCAAACAAAAGUCACCAACGAAGUGUUGAAACGAGCUGAAAAUGCAAUUUUUGCCCGAGCAAUCAAUGCUAUUCGGCCUUCUAUUGAAAUUAAGAAAAUCUGUCCAGAACGACAAAAACUGUAUUCGAAUGAAGUGGCAAGUGAGCAGGAUAAGUCGCCAGCCACAUUAUCUGCUGGCCAUGUAGAAAAAGCUUCAGACAACUUACUUCAAAUAACAGUUCUAAAUUCCGAACAGGAGCGAUCUGUUGAGCUAAAAAGUGGUACAAGACAACCACGUAACAAGACACCAAUACGAUCUAUAAAAGAUCGGCUGGGUAAGAAACUGAAUGAAGAAGCGAAAAGCAAAAGUCGAACACCACAACGGAAGAUUGUUACCGACAACCGCAGUGAAAGAGCAAGAGACGGGGCAAGGGAUGAUAGAAGACACGAUAGAAAAUAUCGAAGUCCAAAAAGUAGUGAUAAUCGUCGUAGCUCUGUAACGCGUCGCAACGACCUUCAAAAAUCUUCAGAAAAAAGUUAUCGAGAAAGGGAACGAAGACGAAAUUCAAGUGAAGACCGCGACACUAAAGAAAACAAAGAUCGUAAGAAAAGUGGUCGAGAUGGGAAUGAAAAAGAUAGUUCGGAAUUGGAGUGUGAACGUGAACAGCACAAACAUCAAGUUGAAAAAGCAACGAGAGACACCGAAAGGGAUCGAGAAUUGCAAAAGGCAAGAGUUCGAGCUAGAAUACGCGAAGAAGAACGUACAAAAGCACAACGAGAUGGAAGUGCAGCAGACAAUUCAUCAACCAAAGAGAAGAAGACAUCAUCCUCUAUUGGUUCGACAGCAGAUCGACGAAAACGGUUUGAAUCGAAUGCGGAUAGCCAAAACGUUGGCUCGAUGCUUGAAGGAAAUCAUCAUGAUAUUGAUGAGUCAAAUUUUGAACCAAACUAUGAAGCUCACCCAAGCGACGAAUCCCCACUCAAAUCUAAAUCAUCUGAUCGUUGUACGAAUCGCUCGAAAAGUAAAACUAAAUCGGAAAACAGAAAGCGAUCACGUUCGUACUCUUCAAGCAGCAGUUCUUCAUCCGAUUCAAAUUCUUCUGACUCAAGCUCGGAUUCUGAAGAGCGAAAAAAGAAGCGAAAACGAAAGCACAAGAAACAGAAGAAAUCGAAAAAAUCUAAAAAGAAGAAGAAGACAAAAAAGUAGUUUUUCUUUAAAAUCCA